AUGGCCAAGAAAUCCAAGUCACGUACCCUCACUGUCCGUCUCAUCUCCAUGGCUAUGACGGGAUAUUUCCGAACGAUGGUCAGACCUCGUGCCCAUCGCCCCCUGAGCAUGCUCAAGUACGAUCCCGUCGUGAAAAAGAAGGUGCUAUUCCUGGAAGCCACCAAGGGCGGCCGAAAUAAAUGA